AUGGAACAUGUGGAAGUAACUGGUCAACCCGACGCCGACACGCAUGCGCCGCGGCAGAGCGGCGAGAGCGAGAGCGAGAGCGAGAGCGCAGACGCAGGGGGCGACUCCCGGAACGCCGCCCCCGCGUGCCGACCGCCGCCUCCGACCGCAGCGCCUUCUGCUGGGGACGCGGGCAGUGCGGGGGCGGACAAGCAGCAGGUGGGAGGCGGGUCGGAAGCGCCCUCCGCCGCUCCCGCCACCGUGCCUCCUGGCGAUCCCGCCAAGAAUGAGAACGACCGCUCCUCCAGCCGGACAUCACAGAGGCCGGGCGCCACCCCCGUCGUAUACGUUCGCGUGCCAGUAGGAGAACAAUACCCACCUCCAGGAUAUUCUCGAGAUGCGGCACCCUACGGAGGAGGGUGGGGCAGCCGUAGGGGCGGCGACGGCGGCGGGGGCGGCGGGGGCCGCUGGCCCACCCUUCGGGACGACGCGGAGUGGGACGACGCGGGCUGGUUCUCUGCGGCGGCGGUGCGGCGCGCCUUCAUCCGCAAGGUGUACUCCGUGCUGUCGCUCCAGCUGGCCCUCACCGUGGCCAUCAUCGCCCUCUUCGUGUUCGAGUGA